UCACACGCAAAGCCACAGUACCUUGUUGCCAUGGCGCUAGGUCACGUGACGGCACACGGCUACAGACUGUCAUGGCGGCGCUCUGAGCUACUUCCGGACGCCACUUCCGGGACAGCAGAACAGGGCAACAUGGAGCAGUUAUUCAUGAGGGGCACAAGACCGUUGCUGAAAGGAAUUUGUGCACUGACACAGCUCAGGAAUGUACAUUGUGGCCCUCCAAUGCUUUCUCCUCUCAUCCCUAUUGUUGUGGAGCAAACGGGCCGAGGUGAGAGAGCAUAUGAUAUAUACUCCAGGCUACUGCGAGAGCGAAUCAUCUGCGUUAUGGGGCCAAUUGACGACUCCCUGUCCAGCGUGGUGGUUGCGCAGCUCCUGUUCCUGCAGUCAGAGAGUAACAAGAAACCUAUACACAUGUACAUCAAUAGCCCAGGGGGCUCGGUUACAGCCGGAUUAGCUAUAUAUGACACAAUGCAGUACAUUCUGAACCCCAUAUGUACUUGGUGUGUGGGACAAGCAGCGAGCAUGGGAUCCCUACUUCUGGCGGCUGGAUCCAGCGGGAUGAGACAUUCGCUGCCAAACUCCAGAAUCAUGAUCCACCAACCCUCUGGGGGAGCCAGGGGUCAGGCCACAGACAUUGCUAUCCAAGCAGAAGAAAUCUUGAAGCUAAAGAAGAUGAUUAAUGAAAUUUAUGCAAAGCACACCCAUCAGCCACUCUCUGUAAUUGAGUCAGUAAUGGAGAGGGAUCGAUACAUGAGCCCUACAGAAGCCCAGGAAUUUGGGAUCUUGGACAAGGUAUUGGUGCACCCCCCUCAAGAUGGCGAGGAUGAACCAGAGCUGGUCAGAAAGAAGGAGACACCCGAAUCUGAGCCCUAGAGCAAAGGGAUCCAGCCUAUACUCUGUCAUCAUCAAGACUUGUAUGGAAGGAGUGAGGCAACUAAUGCCCUAUGAAAUGUCACAUCUAGUCCUGGAACCAGCGGGGUUAAAUUGGUGGUAGUUUGUCCCUUUUAAUUCCAGGAAAGCACCUAAAGAAUUGUGACUUUGAAAACACUCUUAAUUUGGCACAAGGUCAAUAGAGUGUGUGUUGUUCUAUCCGGCCCCUACAUACGAUGUGCCGAGCUGAGAAGGAAUGGAUCCCACUGCUGCCUCCUGGUGGCACAGAAUAUGGAAAAUCACAAUCCUAGAUCUAGAAUUGCAACAGGAAUUUUACAAAGUAACUAUUCUUAACGUUUGUGGUAUUACAGUGAGGGUAAUUGAAGCCUCUUCAAAACAAGAGAUUGUUUAAAUUAAACAGAAAAAAAUAAAAAGCUAAUCUGA